GAGGAAAGGCAGCCUGCCGCCCUCGACAUCCCCCUGGCUCGCCUGACCGUGUCCUACUGCCGGAGCAGCGGCCCUGGCGGGCAGCACGUUAAUAAAGUGAAUACGAAGGCAGAAGUUCGGUUCCACCUGGCAUCAGCAGACUGGAUCCCAGAAGAUGCAAGACAAAAAAUGGCAUCGAUGCACAGGAAUAAGAUAAACCGAGCUGGUGAGCUGAUUGUGAACUCUGAAGAGAGUCGCUACCAAAUGAGGAAUCUGGCGAUUUGUUUGGAAAAAAUCAGAACCAUGGUCACAGAAGCUACUGAGAAGCCCAAGGUGGUGUCUAAGGAGACUACACAGAAACUCAUAGCGAGGGUGGAAAAAAUGAACCGUGAACGACUACGACAGAAAAAGAUACACUCAAAUAUAAAACAAAGCAGGAAAGCAGACUUUGACUAAGAAUAGCAGAGAUCGAAGUCCUUGGCAUAGCAUCUUUUUAAAGAAAUGGCAUUGGCAGCUGCAGAUAAUGCUAAACUGGAUUGAAUAAAACUGGUCCGAAAAUGUAAAUAAAAA